UCUGAUUCAACAUUAUUCUUAUGGGGUUGAAAUUAUAUCCAUUUAUAAAUGCUAGACUAUCAAUAGACGAUAUUAUUUUUUUAAUAGAUGAAUUUGUUAUAUUGGGUUUGCUUUCUUUGAAAUUUGGACUGUUAUGUCAUGUCCAUUAGCAGGUUCCAGAUGGUUGUAAGAUUAUGGACAAGAAGCAUAAAGCUGAGCUCUUGAUCUCUGUUCAAGCAUAGCCUGUGUUUAAUUUGCAUUUAAAAUUGAGCUUGAUUCUGGGUGUCAGAUAAUGUUUGGUGAAAAGCAUCUUUGCAGAGCAUAGAAGGGUUCUGUUUUUGUUUUGAUUGUUGAAAGCUAAGUGGCAUAGAAUAGUUAACGAAGGAAAAAGGGUUAGAGUUUUUCUGUUGUAAAGGGAAUAUCAGGUUAGUGGACCCCUUAUCGAAUAGGAGAACUUUUUAGUUACAGAGGGAGGCGAAGGCAAUAGGCAAUAGGCAAUAGGCAAUGGUUAAAUUACCAUUUGAAGUGUUUAGUUUUUUGUGGGAUUGCAUAGAAAACGAGAGAGUGGCAUGCACAUGCCCUUUGAAGAGGCAUGUCUCCUGGGAAUUAACAAUUUUCAACUCAUCAUCCCAAUUCUGUCGCACUGAAUUCAUCCUGUUCAGGUGUGGUCUAAACCCUAAACCCUAAACCCUAAUCCCUAAUCCCUAAUCCCUAAUCCUAACCCUAACCUUAACCCUAGAAUUGAAAUGGAGAUUUUUAGCAGUUCCCCGGCGAUCGCUCCCAUUUGGUCUUCGAAAAACUCCCCCUCCCACCUUACUUUUUGUAUGGGUACUCGUGUGCAUCAUUCUCCAUAAAUAAAUACCAUACCCUCUUCUUCCCUCCUUAUUUACCUUCCCUAUCCCUCUCAAAUUCAAUAAAAUCUUUAUACCAUAACCAACACGUGUCAGUCACAUUCCUCCGAAUCUGGGAGCAGAACAUGAACCGUCGUGUUGACCAGAAAAUGACGGUGGUUAAUCCACCAAUUUGAUUGUUGUUGGGGGCUUUGACGGGUGCGAAAACCAAUUGGGCGAUCAACAGAUUGAAGCAUGGGGAGUCCCGCUAAAUCUUUUGAGAUAUUCAUUAAUCUUUCCUUUUACCCUCUUCUUCUUCUCUGUUUUACCUCUGUUCCUGAAAAAGACAAUGGGGUCCAUGAAUUCAAACAAUUGCCUUUCCUUUCCACUUUCACCCACUAAUCCUUCAUUCUCCUUGCCCGAAAUCCCAUUUCAAGCCCCCAAUGAGUGGAAUCUGAUAAGUACUGAAGGCGGUGGUGAAGCUCCAAAAGUUGCAGACUUUUUAGGCGUAAGCAAGGCAGAAAAUGAGACACAUCUCAUGGGGUUUAAUGAAAUUCAUACAGAUUACUUGUUCCCAAUCACACCAUUUAAUGUGGACUCCACCACUACCAAUUCAAAUAGUCUGCAAUGUUUGAAUCUUUCAAUGGGGAGUGGGAAGGGCGAACCCACCCCCCCACCACUUAACAACACCGCUCUACAUGUCACCCCCACAAGAACUUCGGACACUCUUGGGCACAGAACUUCAAUCUAUCGCGGUGUCACCAGGCAUCGAUGGACGGGAAGAUAUGAAGCACAUUUGUGGGAUAAUAGUUGUAGGAGGGAAGGACAGUCAAGGAAGGGUCGUCAAGGGUAUGAUAAAGAAGACAAAGCUGCUAGGGCUUAUGAUCUUGUUGCGUUGAAGUACUGGGGAACAUCUACCACUACAAACUUUCCUAUUAGUAACUAUGAGAAGGAAGUGGAGGAAAUGAAGCACAUGACCAGACAAGAAUUUGUGGCUGCCAUUAGAAGGAAGAGUAGUGGGUUUUCAAGGGGUGCAUCAAUGUAUCGUGGUGUUACAAGGCACCACCAGCAUGGAAGAUGGCAGGCCAGGAUUGGACGAGUGGCUGGAAACAAAGAUCUUUAUUUGGGAACUUUCAGCACCGAAGAGGAAGCGGCGGAAGCAUAUGACAUAGCCGCCAUCAAAUUCAGAGGGCUUAACGCAGUCACAAACUUCGACAUGAGUCGUUAUGACGUGAAGAGCAUAUUGGACAGCAAUUCUGUCCCUAUUGGCGGUGGUGCGGCCAAGCGCCUGAAAGAAGCCCAGGCCAUGGAAGCCUCUCGAAAGCGUGAGGAAAUGAUGAUUGCUCUUGGUGCUUCCUCCUCCUCCUCUAAUUCCUCCAAUCAUAGGCUUCUUCAAUCACCCAAUUUCACCCAGCCUUUGCUUUCUCUUCAAAACCACCAUGAAAUUUCUCCCUACACCCACGAUCCGGCGUCCUUUCACCACUCUACUUAUUCCCACCAUGAUUCCCACUAUGCUAACAACACUCAUCCGUUUUACGGCGGCGGCGGCGGCGGAGACAGUAGUGGAGGGUACCUUGUAAGUGCGGUAGGGAUGGGUUGUACGUUGGGGGAUGAAUACGCGCUGGUUAAGGUGGAUUACGAUAUGCCUAAUUCUGACGGUGGUGGUUAUGGGAGCUGGUCGGAGGAUUCGGUUCAGGGUUCCAACAAUGGGGGGUUUUGAAUCAUCUCGAUGAUGUUUAUUACACUGCACCAAUGCUUUCUUAUGGCCCAAACCUCAUGUGGGCUGCUGCUUCCAUGCAUUCAUAACCCCCUUCUUUUUUUUUUUUUCUUCUUCUAGAACUAUAAUUAAGGUUGGAUUGGGUGGGAUAAAUUUUUGGACCCACGAUAUAAAUUUCAUAAAACUCAAAUAUCAAACAUUUAUUA